AUGAUCUCACACCCAGAAAACCACCAUCAGUGUGCUGGCAGUAUGUCUAACUCAAUCCUAGCCACAUUCCAGAUAGAAUUUGAGGCACGGAGGAAGUACCUUACGGUUGCCAUCAAUAGCAAACCUGUAUGCCUCCAAUUUGACAAAGCCUCGGACAUCAGCAUCAUCUCCAUGCGCACAUGGCAGUGGAUUGGACGGCCUCCGAUGAUAACAUCGGACAAAAAGGCUAUGAAUGUUUCUGGCGGAUUUCUCGGCUCACGGUCAACUCGGCCCAGUCCCGCCAAAUCAAAUCACCUGACAACAAAUCUGAUGUCAACGCCCCCACUUCCUGCCAAGGUGCUCGAGAAGAAGGAGGAGGAACCUGAACAGAAAGCGCCAGCAACUUCCGAGCGCCGUCAAACACCUGGUCGGUCAACCCACAGCAGCGCUCGAAAAAGGCGUGGUGUCCCAACGAAGUCCCCAUCCUCCUCUCCCACGACUGCCGCCAACUCCCCAGACCACUCCACGAGGGACCUCAAUGCU